GUAUGAUUCAAAAACUGUGACGUCACACCCUUCCCGUGGUGCUUAGCGAACCUAAAUUAAACGCUCGGUUGAAAACAACCGUAUACUUAUAUCUGAUCUUCGGGUAUUAUUUCAAAAAAGAAAACAUUAACACCUUAAAAGAAACAAUAAAGCGGCGAACACAGGAGGAGAAAGAACUGUAGCGGGCAUUAUGGACCAGGAUUAUGAGUGCAGGCUGCUCAAACAGAUAAACAUACAAAACGAGAAUGCUAGUCCCAGCCCGAUAAAAGCUGUGGCAGCAGUGCGAUCUCUGACACCCACCAGCUCCCCCCUGUCCUCGCCUAGCAAGCACGGCGAUCGCUUCAUUCCUUCCCGUGCUGGAGCCAACUGGAGUGUCAACUUCCACCGCAUUAAUGAAAUUGAAAAGUCACACAAUCAAAACAGGAAAACUAAAGACGGCACUACAGACAGCAACAAAGCGGACGGCUUGGCUUACUUGGCUCUGUUGAAGAACGAGCUGCUCGGAGCAGGGAUCGAGAAAGUCCAAGACCCGCAGUCCGAGGACCGUCGUCUGCAGCCUUCGACUCCUGCAAAGAGGAGCCUUUUUAGUUAUUCUGUCAGCACUAAGAGGACUCUGCCAGAGGAAGACGGAAACACAGUUUCUCCAUAUUCUUUGUCACCUGUCAGUAGCAAUAGCCAGAAACUGUUGCGAUCACCACGAAAACCAACGCGCAAGAUUUCCAAAAUUCCCUUCAAAGUUUUAGACGCUCCGGAGCUUCAAGAUGACUUCUACCUCAACCUGGUGGACUGGUCCUCUCUGAAUGUGCUCAGUGUUGGACUGGGCACCUGUGUGUACCUGUGGAGUGCCUGCACCAGCCAGGUGACGCGUCUCUGCGACCUCUCUGUUGAAGGAGACUCUGUGACAUCUGUGGGUUGGUCAGAGAGGGGGAACCUGGUGGCAGUGGGAACUCAUAAGGGCUACGUUCAGAUCUGGGAUGCAGCAGCAGGCAAGAAGCUCUCUGUUUUAGAGGGACACACCGCCAGAGUGGGUGCCUUGGCGUGGAAUGCAGACCAGCUGUCGUCUGGGAGUCGUGAUCGCGUGAUCCUGCAGCGGGACAUCAGAGCCCCGCCUCUCCAGUCGGAACGCCGUCUCCAAGGACACAGGCAGGAAGUCUGUGGGCUCAAGUGGAGCACAGACCAUCAGCUGCUGGCCUCAGGAGGGAACGAUAACAAGUUACUCGUGUGGAACCACUCCAGCGUUGUGCCCGUCCAGCAGUACACAGAACAUUUGGCUGCAGUGAAGGCUAUCGCCUGGUCACCCCACCAGCAUGGCCUGCUGGCGUCAGGAGGCGGUACAGCCGACCGCUGCAUCCGCUUUUGGAACACCCUGACCGGCCAGCCCCUACAGUGCACCGACACCGGGUCCCAGGUCUGCAACCUGGCCUGGUCCAAACACACCAACGAACUGGUCAGCACACACGGGUAUUCUCAGAACCAGAUACUGGUGUGGAAAUAUCCAUCUUUAACUCAAGUGGCCAAACUCACAGGACAUUCAUACAGAGUUCUUUAUCUGGCCAUGUCACCUGAUGGGGAGGCCAUCGUAACAGGGGCUGGAGAUGAAACACUUAGGUUCUGGAACGUCUUUAGUAAGAUGAGAUCCACAAAGGAAUCUGUCUCUGUGUUGAACCUAUUCACCAGGAUCCGGUAGUCGGUCCUUUAAGGGAAUGCGGAGUGGGAGCCGAUUUGUCUCUGUCUGCAUUUGGGUGUCAUCAUGUUCCUCUUCAGAAACCGGGUUUUGACUGAAGACGAAAGGUGUUUAGCCUGAUUCUGGAGGGCUGAACAGACACAGAAAUCCACUGCCUAUUGACGAACGGUGUCACUGCCCUCAAAGGACUGGAGAUCUUUGGAGAUCUGGAAAUGUCAGACAUUUUGGGAUGGUUUUGUUUGCAAAUUGACAUUGUGCGUACCUGCCAAAUAUUGAGUUUGUCUUUGUAAUUGUCUAUUUAUUUUUUAUUUUUUCUCUUUUUUUUUAAUCAUAUACUCCACAAGUGUUAUGGUUUGUAUAGGCAGGAGCAUUAAUGUUCAUAUCCAGAACUGCAGUUUUAAGUUUCUUCUCUGGACUUUUUAUUCAAAUUUGCAGAAAAAAAUAGUAUUUCUGUGUCUUUGUUUCCCGGUGGACAUUAAUAAGGUUCAAUAAUUACGAGCUCUCCAAGGUUGUGCUUUUAGAGGUGUCGAUAGGAAACAAGGAUUCCAGGAAAAGACAGAUUUAUCUACUUUUAAUUCACAGAUUAUGUUCGGUAAGCAAAAAGUGUUUGACAAGAGGAGAAAAAAAUGCUUUAGGAGGACGCUUUACGGCAAACAAGUUCUACAAUAUUGUAUUAGCAUAUCUAGUUUCAAUCUUGUUUGCUUCAUUAAAAAAAAAGAAAUCAGGCAAGAAAAGUAAAACUGCAUUUUGUUGUAUUAAAAAGCAAGCAGACAAUUUUGGUGUUUUUUGUGUUAAAUCAGCAUAGAAAAUUGGGUUUGGAGCAUUUUCUACUUUAGCUGUUGAACAGAUCUAACCUUUUUUUAAAAAAUAUAUAUAUAUCUGCUUUGUUUUCUCCCUAAUUCAUUUGAUGUCACAGUUAAGUGAAUGCUAUUUAUUUGUUUAGUGGAAGUGGAGACCGCAUGUUUACUAAAAUAUGUCAGAGAGAAGACGUUUCUAAACCACUCGCGAACCAACGCUGCCAACUUCAAUUACAGAGAACGUUUCAAUGGAGAAGUAUUUCUGUACUCGGAUAUGAUGGACAAUUAAAGGAUCAUAUCUUGUAA